CGCGACGCGGAGGCUCGUCCAAGAUGGCGCGCGGCCUUUGGGAUCUGAGGAGAAGGAAGAGGCGCGUUCACCUGUAGCCCCUGAGCCGAGGCAGGGCGCAAGGCUGAUUUCUUUGGGCCCCGCCUUUUUUUCCUUUUCUUUUUUUCCCGGCCGCCCUCUCCGGGGACUCCGCUGGGCAGCUUGCGGGGCGGCUUUUCCAUAUGAGUCCCGCGAAGGGGGUGAUGGUGUAGUCGGACGGCGGCGGUUCCUAAAAGCGGCGGCGGCGGCGACCCCCUUGGGUUCUCGAGCGAUGGCUCUGCGGGAGCUGAAAGUUUGCCUCCUUGGGGACACAGGCGUGGGCAAAUCAAGCAUUGUAUGGCGCUUUGUAGAGGACAGUUUUGAUCCAAACAUCAAUCCAACAAUUGGAGCGUCUUUUAUGACCAAGACAGUACAGUAUCAGAAUGAAUUGCAUAAAUUCCUAAUAUGGGAUACAGCAGGACAAGAACGAUUUCGUGCUCUGGCACCAAUGUAUUAUCGAGGGUCUUCAGCAGCUAUUAUAGUCUAUGAUAUUACAAAAGAGGAAACAUUUUCAACAUUAAAAAACUGGGUAAAAGAACUUCGCCAGCAUGGACCACCCAAUAUUGUUGUAGCAAUUGCUGGAAAUAAGUGUGAUCUUAAUGAUGUAAGAGAAGUUAUCGAAAAAGAUGCUAAAGACUAUGCGGAUUCCAUCCAUGCAAUAUUUGUAGAGACUAGUGCAAAAAAUGCAAUAAACAUAAAUGAACUGUUUAUAGAAAUAAGUCGUAGAAUUCCAUCCACUGAUGCCAACCCUCCAUCUAUUGGUAAGGGUUUCAAACUUAGAAGACAACCUUCUGUGACAAAACGCAGCUGUUGUUGAUACUGAGACCCAACAAGCUAGCUUUUUAAAAAUAUUUGGCCUUAAACAUUAAGGGUUUAUUUUGAGUAUCGGUUCCUGAUACUGGAUUCUGAUCUCCCUGAUAUUCAAAGACCCCCCAACAUGGACCAUUUCUGGCAUUCUUACAUACAUUCUGUGGAGAUCUUGCUGUCAAGACUGUUCCCACAUGUGCAGUGUACAAACUAAUCUCUUACAGUCAAAGGGAAUUGCCUUUCAUUCUGCUUUAAUCUUUGAAGAGGAGGAGCCAAUGUACAGAUUAUAAGCCUUGAUAUUUCAUAGUUUUGUAGAAAAAACAUUGCCAUGCUUUUGUAAUUGGGGAAGUGACACUAGCACUUUUUAUGGAUUUUGGAGGGAGUGGGCUAGAAAAUACGGAAAAGAAAGUUUUGGCUUGAUGUUAGUGCCAUUCUGCACUUCUCCUUGCUGUUACUAUAAGCCUUAAUGUUUUCAUUGUUGCUUCUUCAAAGACUAGAAAGAACAGAUGAUUGAUGUAGCUACCAGAAUAAUACUGAUAAGAGUGACCAAAUAAGCCCAUUCAGUACCCAAUCUUAAAUUGCACUUUUUAUUUUCUGAUAUUAUUAUAGAAAUAUAAAUAAGAACUUUGCUUUUAAAGCAAAUAAAAAAUAAGGAAAGUGUAGCCUUAGACAAUCUUAGCUCGUUAUAUUUAAUUAUUUUAUAGUUCAAUGGACGUAGACUCUUCUUAAUAACUUCCAGUUAAGAUACUUAGUAAGAAGCUUAGAUUAAAAUAAUUUGACCACAACUGACAGGUAUCAGUUGUUGUCAAUAGCCUUAGAGCAAGCAUGUUAGGUGGGAAACGUUUCUAAUUGCUUAGCAUAAACCAUUUUAUACUUAUUUAUGAAACCAGUGUCUGAAGUAAAAUAAAUUAUGGAAGUGCCAUUGCUAAAGGUAGGAUUCUUGUUUACUUCUCUCUCUCUUAUCCGUGAGGUGGAUCGUGAAAGAAGGUCCUGCAAAGAAUUGCCGGGAAUUUCAGCCUGAGCAAUGAGCCUUAAAUCAAUUGGCAUCCUCUAGAAUAGCACUGGGAAAGAUUUCCCUCACUAUCCAGUAGAGGUUGCUGCUAGUGUACUUUGAGGCUUCCUUUGGGAACAAAUCAUUUCACCGAAUCAUCCAGAAAUGGCAUUCAGAGCUAACUGUCUGGGACAGUGUAGACGUUGCUUCCAUGUAGUUGAACUCAUCUCUUUACACCCUCUUCUAAACAGAUUAUUUCUUAGCUUUGGUUGUGCUUUCCAUUUAUUUUAAACUAUAAAUUAAUCUUGCCCCAUUACAUGAUUUCUCGUCAUUCAUUUUUGUUGCAAAUAGAGCAAACAUACCACGUGUUUUUUUCCUCUUUAAAAUAUAGGAGGUAAACUCAUAGUGUGUAAAAGAAGCUAUAAGGCUUUGAUAUUUCCUGCUCAGCAGAACAUGUCUGAUGGCUUGGUCUUAAUUUACAACUUAAAAGGGAAUUUCAAAGGUUACAUUGGAAAUAGACAGUUCAUACUUUUUUAAUUCUAUAUUAAAAAAUUCAGCAUUACUCUCAGGAGAAUUAUUAUAGUUAACCAAUGCAAUUGGAAAUAUUAAGUCAUGAUAUUUGUGAAUUUGUCUAAGAAUUCAAAAUUCUAAUUUUGUAGUAUGUUGUGUGCUUUAUCAGAAGUUUUUCUGAAAAGAAAUAGCCAAUUAUGGAGUAUUUGGCAUUCCCACUAACCAAACUAUGAAUCUGUAGAUUAAUAAUGAAAUGUAUUGUUCAUUCCAUAUCUUGACUUGCUUAUGUCAUUAGUUUGUUCUGAGUUUUACUUUCAAAAAUCAGCUUGAGGACAUAUGUCACCUACUCCAAAGAGCCAUAUACUGGCAAUAAUUAUUUAGAAUUGAAGCUUGGAGAGGUUGGCAUUACAAGUCAAUCCAAUAGCUUUGUUCACUGUUUUAUCAAGGAUAUAAUGUUUGUCCGGCAACACAUGGGGAACUGAAGGUGUGAAAGAAAGAAUGUCGGGGAUGUACUUACUGGGUGUUUUCAAGGCAAUUUGCUCGGUACUUUAAACUGAAGUCAAAUAAGGAUCUUUUCCAAGACUUUUAUUAAGCUUCAACAAGAAUCUAGCAGUCAGUUCCUUCUAUUCUAGCAUUGUACCAUGCCUGAAGAACUCCCAUCAAAACUGUGCUGUUUCAGAGACCUUUGAAAUUUGGCAAGGAACUACCAUGGGGGUGAGGAAAUCAAAAAUCUCUGGUAAACACAUUUAGGACCUGUAGUGCUUAAAAGGACUUUUUAGAUUUAACUUCAUGUUAGUUAAACCCCCCUCUAAUGAAUUGAAGAUAAUUAGGCUGCUUCUGUACCUACAUAUAAAUAGAAACAGACUGACGAUGUUAUCUAGUUCGGUUAAGCAAUAUCUGCAAGAAAACAACCAAGCUCAGAGAGCACCAAGAAACACCCAUCUCCCACCCCCCCAUUUCAAUCCUGAGCUACAAAUACACUCUCAUCAGAUAUAUCAUUGUCCUCCAGGACAGCCUUGUAUAGAUAUAAUAUUGGAAUGCCAGUGAUUAUAUGUUUAUCCAAACUGUUAUUAAAACUUCUUCACAUGGCUGUUUUAUAAUCACUAUUCUGUUUCUUGAUGAUACUUUACUGGUUAGUCUAUAUAAGUCUUAAAAAUAGUUAAUGCCACACAUAGAGGUCAAACACAAAGCUUAUUUUGGAGAAUAUUACUCAUGUCUGGAGCAGCCAACUUUAUCUCAGCAUGAUAGUAGCACCUUUCUGCUAUUUAAGGCUUUCAUCAUUCACUUAUGCCAUUGUGAUAUUAAUUAACUGCUUUCUUACAAUUACCUAUAAUUAGAGGGUUUCUUAUUAUUUCACCUCUGUAAACAGAAUAAUUUAACAUAUCACCAGUUGCAUCUUUUGAAGCCACUGCUGUAGUUAGUCCUCAAUUUACAACCAGAAUUUGGAUCAGAAUUUCUGUUGCUAAGCAAGGUGGCUGCCAUGGUUGUUAAGUAAAUCAGAUGGUCAUUACCGAACCCAGUUUCCUCCUCCCCUUAACUUUGCUUGUUGGAAGGUGGCAAAUGGUGAUCAAGUGACCCCUGGACACUGUAACUGUUCUAAAUACGUGCCAGAUGACAAGUGCCCUCAUUUUGAUCAUGUGACCAGCGGGGAUGCUGCAAUGACUGUAAAUUGAAGACUAAUCACACGUUACCUUUUUCAACUGCCAUUUUAACUUUGAACAGUGGCUAAACAAAUAGUUGUAGGUGGAGGGCUAUCUUUGGUGUGUUAACAUGUGGCUCUGCAGAGUGACAUUUCAAGCAUAAGCUAUGGCCUUGGCUGUAUUGCAGAAACUUCCCUACCUGUCCCACGUCAUCGAGUUCACUGCCAGUGUUAGCCUGCCUUAAAAGUUCCCUGGAUGUACUUAAUCAAAUAUUUGUAUUGAGAUAAUUUAAAUCUAAAUCCCUACUCAUUACUGGAGAAUGAGGGUUAUUUACAGUACCUCAGUACUAUCUGCUUAUUGCUAUGCAAAUUAAUAGGAAUUUUGAGCUUCAACAUCUCUUGUGUCACGUGAGUUAUUUGUAAAGGGGGGGGGGAUUACCCACCAAUCUUGCAUUGAUCCUAGAUCUCAUUCAUAAGGCUUUUCCGGAAGGUGGGAGGAGAUAUAUAUAGUGUAUAUAAUUUUUAGGUUAUAGCACCUACAAAAAGGUUGGGAGUAUUUCCUCUUUUGUUUUCUCUAUAUUGCAAUGUUUUAGUUUCAUGCAACAACACCAAUCUUGUAAGAAUUAAUAGAAAGGCAUCAAGUAAACAAGAUACUGCCCUUGUCAUUCAGCAUUGUGCUUAUUCCAAUAUAAAUUAAAACAAAGCUGAAGGUAAGAUUUCAAUUACUUGGGAGAUAGUGAGCAGAUAAAUCUAUGUGAAAUCUCAUACAAGCAAAUAACCUACAAUAAACAGCCUGCUUGACAUCUUCUCAAAGAAACAAUUUAUUGGGACUUACCCCUGUAAGUGCACAUAGAAUUAUGGCUUUGAUAUGCAUAUACUUUAAAUAGCAGGCCUAAAGACCUCUCCCAAUAUCAGAUAUCAUUCCACCUUUCUAUAAAUUAUGGUUUGGACACUGCUGUAAAACAGUUGGUCAUUUAUGUAGGGAACUCACUAUUUGGCAGCAUAUCUAAAAUACAUUAGUCACCAUGCAUACAUUUUAAAAACAUGGCUUUAAUAUGUAAAAAGCAAUAGAUAAGAGGAUGUAUUUAUCUUUAUUUAAAUAGUGAUUGAAAAGAUAAUGUAGAUAUAUUUACUGAAUAUAACCUUUUGGUAGUGUCAGAUUUCUGUUGCUACAGUCAGAACUAAAAGAGGUAAAUACUUUCUCUGACUGGAGACAUUAAUUAGAGAAAAUGAUAAAUGUGGCAGCCUAACAAUUCUGACCCUGUCCCCUUGCUGAAGGGGAAGGAGGCCGACUACUUAGGGGAAUGCAGGAUAUCCUGCACCUGUCCAUUGUGUAUACAACAGCUGCUGGCCACCUGAUCAUUGAGGAUCUACUCCCACAGGUAGUUGAAUUCAAAGGAGCAAAGGCUCAAAGGAAUCUCUCUCAUAAUUCUAGUUAAACAUAGCAUUAUCUAGUCAUUCAAAUAUAUAUGGCAGAGUUACUUUUGAAAGCACAUCCAAAAUUAUCUCAAAACACACUCCUCAGAGUUCCAAUGCGAACCUGAGUCAGUCAGAGAUAUUCCAAGAUCCAUUUGUCAAAAUUUAGCUCUCAGCUUAAUAAACACACACAUUUCAGACUGCCCAAUGGAAUUUAAUUGAACCUACAUGUUAUUCUGUAAUCAGAAGUAUGAAUUCAAAGAGUUUUCUCAAGUCAGGUAACACUGCCGUGUGGAGGAUUACCUGGUUUAAGCCCCACAAAUAAUAUUACUAGUCACUAAAAAGUAAACAUUUCUGGCAAAUUAUUUUCCACUUUCUUCUUAAAUAUAUAGGAGCUGCUGACAGUCUUCAGGCCUCAGCUGACCUUGCUGUAGUGAUUCCCCUUCCUGUUCCAACCUGAAAACAACAUGAAAUAUACUGCAGGAAAUGAUAGAAGUUAAAUUAAGGGAAAUAACUGUUUGGUCAGCCACUGAAGAUAGGUGAGCCAAAUGUGGAAAAGCACUCUUAAAACUGUUUCAUCUUACUUUGUGAUCAACAUCUACUUUAGCUCUUGCUUAGGCCUUUAAAGCAAAGAAGGUGAAAUGUGUUUUAGCAUUUUCUCAUAUCUUUACUCUGUUGGUCUUCAUCAUUACGCUAAUUUCUGCUUCUUAAAGGAAUUACAAAGCUGGCCUACUAUGCCUUUUGCUACUGUAAGAGUAUUUCCUGCAGUGAUUGGAGGAAAGAGAACUCUUGCUAUGAAUAUCAGGACUAUUUAGUUUAGGUCACAAUGGGGUGUGCCUCGCCUCAACUGGAAUCUAGUGUAUCAUAUUGAUUGCACUGCAUUUCAAUGGAUGUUUUUGGAAUGUCCUUUUUCUGUACUGUGUUUGCUGAACAGGAUAGGUUUUAUUUUUAGUAGCUUGGAUCAGCAAAUCUUCCUCUGGAUGAUCUUGGGGGAAUUCUAAUUUACAGCAGGCAUGCAGCCAUUUGAACUGCCUAACCCACCACUCCUCAUCUAUGGUUUCACUUUAUAAAUAGCUGCAAGCAGGACUACACACGUUUAGGACAUUUCCCAGUGAAAUUAUAUUUCAAAAGUACCCAUCUUUCAGUAGUCACUUUGGGUAAAAAUGUUUUUUCCUUGAGCAGAUAUUUUUUGAGGAAUGUCAAGAUUUUAUGAUUAAGGUUUGGGGAUUUUCUAAUAACUCAUUCUUCCAUGAGACACACAGGCAAGCAUUAAAAUAAUUGCCUUCAAUUGAUUUUUCUCCUCCUUUGAACUUAACCAACAGGAUAUUUUCAUUUUGUCUCUUACAUGAGCUGUAUAUAAUUGCAUUCAAUUUCUUGUACCCUGAGAAGCUUGCAUCCAGAAUUAAAUCAUUUUGGCAUAUUAAAAAAAAUCAGAACAAAACAUAAUGAUACUCUCAUCUCUUCCUUCCGGUGUAGCAAGAAUGCUAUUAUAGACUUGUCAGAAGAAACAAACCUUUCCUUUUUUAAAAAAACUUGUCUUUAUAAUCCUAAGAAGCCUACAUAGAAGUUUACGUUGCCUAUUGUCUAUCUUUUAUUAGGGUCCUGGAUGUUAAACCUGAUGCAUUUUG